AAAUCAUAGAGAGAGACAAACGUUACCGUUUUCGCUCCAAAUGAGACAUAACUUUUCAACGUAUUUCGCUGCUUUGCCACUCUCACAUCUCUUUCCUUCACUCUCUCUCUCACUGACUCUCACCGCCGGACCUCCAUUUUCCGGCAACACCCCCUCGCCGGCGAGAUCUGUCCGGCAGUCACCAUGGUUUCCACACAAACUCUGCAUCUUUGAAAAGGAAAGUAGUUUCCACAACUCAUUUUCAUUUUUCAUCCAAUCAAACACUCUCAAACAUGGAUCUUCUUUUUCUUCAUUCCCUCUUCUUCUUCUUCUUCUUCUUCACUUCAAAUGACGCAAAUGCCCUCGAUGCCACUAUUCCUCGCGACGCAUUGUCCCUUCUCAGCUUCAAACGCUUCGUCUCUUCCGACCCUUCCAACCUCCUCGCCGCCUGGUCCAACCGCACUUCCCCGAAUCUCUGCCGCUGGCGCGCCGUCGCGUGCGGCGUCGCCGGCAGAGUCACCGUCCUCAACGUGACCGGCCUCCGCGGCGGCGAGCUAUCGCCCUCCGUCGGCGACAUGUCCGAGCUCCGCGUCCUGUCCCUCGCCGGAAACAUGUUCUCCGGUGAGAUUCCGGUGACCUUGGUGAAUCUCCAGUUUCUCGAGGUUCUUGAGCUUCAAGGUAACAACUUUUCAGGGAAAAUCCCCACCCAGAUGAGUUUUACUUUUCUUCAAGUUGUUAACCUCUCCGGUAAUGCCUUCUCCGGUUCGAUACCGAGUGAAAUUAUUGGCUCUGGGAAUGUAAAAAUCGUUGAUUUAUCCAAUAAUCAGUUUUCUGGUGUGAUUCCUGUGAAUGGUAGUUGUGAUUCCUUAAAGCAUUUGAGGUUGUCGCUUAACUUUUUGACUGGGGAGAUUCCACCCCAAAUUGGGGAAUGUAGAAACUUGAGGACCCUUUUGGUUGAUGGGAAUAUCUUGGAGGGUAGAAUCCCUUCUGAGAUUGGCCAUAUUGUUGAACUUAGAGUUCUAGAUGUUUCUAGAAACUCCCUCACUGGAAGGGUCCCCAAGGAGUUGGCUAAUUGUGUUAAACUGUCUGUGCUUGUGCUCACUGAUUUGUUCGAGGAUCGCGACGAGGGAGGCUUGGAGGAUGGGUUUAGAGGAGAGUUUAAUGCCUUUGUUGGGAACAUACCUCACCAAGUGUUGCUGCUUUCGAGUCUGAGGGUUUUGUGGGCGCCAAGGGCCAACCUUGGUGGACGGUUGCCUAGUGGCUGGUCGGAUUUGUGCUCUCUGAGGGUGCUCAAUUUGGCGCAGAAUUAUGUUGCCGGUGUUGUUCCAGAGAGUUUGGGGAUGUGUAGGAAUUUAAGUUUCUUGGACUUGAGUUCUAACAUUUUGGUGGGGUAUCUGCCUUCAUUGCAGCUUCGGGUUCCUUGUAUGAUGUACUUCAAUAUCAGCAGGAAUAAUAUAUCUGGCACUCUUCAAGGGUUUAGGAAUGAAAGCUGUGGUGCAAGUGCACUGGAUGCUUCAUUCCUAGAGUUGAAUGGUUUUAAUGUCUGGAGGUUUCAAAAGAAUGCUCUCAUUGGAUCUGGUUUUGAAGAGACCAACACUGUUGUUGUUAGCCAUGAUUUCAGUUGGAACAGUUUCAGUGGAUCCUUACCUUUGUUUUCUCUUGGAGAUAAUCUGUCUGGUGCAAAUCGUAAUGUCUCCUACACUCUGUCUCUCAAUAAUAACAAGUUCAAUGGAACUCUACUGUAUCAGUUAGUUUCAAACUGUAAUGACCUCAAGACAUUGUCAGUUAACUUGAGUCUGAACCAACUAUCCAGUGGGAAUUUCCAGGCAUCAUUUUGGGGGUGCCGGAAGUUGAUAGAUUUUGAAGCCGCAUACAACCAGAUUGAUGGGUCAAUUGGACCUGGUAUAGGAGACUUGAUGAUGCUUCAGCGUCUUGAUUUAAGUGGGAACAAACUAUCUGGAUCACUGCCUAGUCAGUUGGGAAACCUACAAAACAUGAAAUGGAUGCUUUUGGGAGGAAACAAUCUAACCGGGGAAAUUCCUUCCCAACUUGGCCUGUUGACUUCCCUUGCUGUUUUAAAUCUGUCUCGCAAUGCUCUAGUUGGAACAAUUCCUGUGAGUUUGUCAAAUGCCAAAAAUCUUGAAACACUGUUGCUAGAUCACAACAACCUUUCCGGGGAAAUACCAUUAACUUUUUCUACUCUUGCCAAUCUUGCUCAACUGGAUGUUUCUUUUAACAAUCUUUCUGGUCAUAUUCCUCAUCUUCAACACCCAAGUGUUUGUGAUUCCUAUAAAGGAAAUGCACACCUGCACUCUUGCCCUGAUCCAUAUUCUGACUCACCUGCUUCUCUUCCAUUCCCCCUUGAAAUCCAGCGUACGCAUAAACGGUGGAAAUUAAGGACAAUGGUUAUUGCUGUGGUCACGUCUGCUUCUGUGACUCUCUGCACACUUCUGGUAAUAGUAUUGGUGAUCUUUUCUCGAAGGAGUAAAUUUGGUCGUCUUAGCAGUAUUAGAAGGCGACAGGUAGUGACCUUUCAAGAUGUUCCAACUGAAUUGAAUUAUGACACUGUAGUCACAGCUACUGGAAAUUUCAGCAUCCGGUAUCUAAUUGGCACAGGUGGCUUUGGGUCAACGUACAAGGCAGAGCUGUCCCCAGGUUUUCUUGUUGCCAUAAAGAGGUUGUCCAUAGGUAGAUUUCAGGGCAUUCAACAGUUUGAAACAGAAAUAAGGACAUUAGGCAGAAUUCGACACAAAAAUCUUGUGACUCUUGUUGGCUAUUACGUAGGAAAGGCUGAAAUGUUCUUAAUUUACAACUACCUUUCUGGUGGGAACCUUGAAGCCUUCAUACAUGACAGGUCAGGGAAAAAUGUGCAGUGGCCAGUUAUUUACAAAAUAGCAAAAGACAUAGCAGAGGCCCUUGCUUACCUUCAUUACUCUUGUGUUCCUCGCAUUGUUCACCGGGAUAUCAAACCUAGCAACAUCUUACUUGAUGAAGAUCUUAAUGCCUACCUGUCAGAUUUUGGCUUGGCGCGACUACUUGAAGUAUCCGAAACGCAUGCCACCACUGAUGUGGCUGGCACAUUUGGUUAUGUUGCACCGGAAUAUGCCACCACUUGCAGGGUUUCUGACAAAGCAGAUGUCUACAGCUUUGGUGUAGUGUUAUUAGAAUUGAUGUCUGGAAGAAAGUCACUUGAUCCAUCUUUUUCUGAGUAUGGAAAUGGAUUCAAUAUUGUACCAUGGGCAGAGCUGCUAAUGACAGAAAGGCGUUGUUCCGAGCUAUUUGUAUCUACUUUGUGGGAAGCAGGGCCUAAGGAAAAAUUGUUGGGGCUUUUAAAGCUCGCGUUAACAUGCACAGAAGAGACUCUUUCUAUUCGACCAUCAAUGAAACAUGUUCUUGAGAAAUUGAAACAGUUGAAAAGUUGAAAACUUUUUGCAAGUCAUACUGAACAGCAAUGGAAUGCUGCUUUUGGUUUCCAUCAAAAUACUUGACUUAGAUGAUUUGCAAAAUGUUGCAGCUUCAGCAACUGCAAAGCUCUUAUCAUGAUCAGUUGUUUAAUGCCACUUGCAAUCUCAUCACAGUGGCAAACACAUGAGCUGUUCCUGUUACUACAAAUCCUAUGUUCCUCCUUUCACUUUUGUGCUAGCAGUUUUCAUAACGUCUGAAGUAAUGGCUUGACAGAUGUUUGUGAAUACCAUCAUUUUCAUCUCAUUUGCAUCAUGAGGCAAUAUGUGCAUGCCAUUUUUUAUUUUUUUGACAUUUUGUAUGGUUUCCUUACUUGACUGUAUGGGACCUCUAGAAGAUCCAAAGUUAUUUAAUGGCAUAGGGACGAAACAAUUGUCAUCAUUCUUCAGAGAAAUUCCAAAAGUGCAAGUCACUUCUCUGUCAAAAUCUGCCCAAAGGUGUAAAUAUAUAUAGUCAUUCGUCAUGAUUUAAAACCUAUUAGGAUUUUUUUUUGUUCCAACAUGUAAAUAGAAAGUAGGCAGAAAAACAAUUUUCCAACUCUAUUAUUUUUGCUUUCACAGAUGACUGAAGUGAAAAGAUGUUACUGCCUUGUUCUUUUUUUUUAAGCCUUGGAAUGGUUUGAAUAUCUAAUUCGCAGAAAGAUAUUAGUAUCUUAGAAUUUAUGCAAUGGUUAUGAUCAUUA